UCUGGUGCUACUCUAAAGUUUCCAACAUGUCUCAAACUCUGGGUUGCAGAACACAACACCCAAUAAACACAAAUCUUACGUCGCUAUCUCACGGUUUCCUUCAAUGUUCUCCUACCCAUUUCACCAACCACCCAAAGAACCCAAAUUUCAUCACUUUCACGAGGUGUUUUUCCGUAAAGUCUUGUGCUUUUGCCAAGAUCAUGGAUUCUGCUACACCUGCAGCACCACCCAUCACCUUUGGGUUCAAGAAUUUAUUGGAAACCUUCACCAUUGAUGUGCAUAGAGCAGAAAACAGACCGCUGAAUGUGCCCUUAAUUGCCCCUUUUACCAUUGCUUCCUCAAGAUUGGACAAGGUGGAAAACGUGGCCAUUAGAAUUGAAUUAAGUAAUGGGGCUGUGGGGUGGGGUGAGGCACCAAUUUUGCCUUUUGUUACUGCAGAGGAUCAAUCCAUAGCCAUGGCCAAGGCUUUUGAGGCAUGUGCCUUCUUGAGGAGAUGCCCUGCACUAACCCUGGGUUCCAUGUUGGGGGAGAUUGGUCGUAUGCUUUCAGGGCAUGAAUUUGCUUCAGUUAGGGCUGGGGUGGAGAUGGCAAUAAUUGAUGCUGCUGCAAAUAGUAUUCGUGUGCCACUGUGGAGGCUUUUUGGAGGGGCUUCAAAUUCCAUAACCACUGAUAUAACAAUCCCCAUUGUUUCUCCAGCUGAAGCAGCUGAAUUGGCUUCCAAGUACUAUAAAGAAGGGUUUAAGACUUUAAAGCUGAAAGUGGGCAAGAAUUUGAAAGCAGAUAUAAAAGUACUUCAAGCGAUACGUGUUGCCCACCCUAUAUGUCAGUUUAUUCUGGAUGCUAAUGAGGGGUAUAACUCUGAGGAAGCAGUGGAAGUUCUUGAGAAAUUACAUGAUAUUGGGUUGAAUCCUGUUCUAUUUGAGCAACCAGUUCAUAGAGACGAUUGGGAAGGUCUUCAAUAUGUCAGUAAAAUAGCAAGAGAAAGAUAUGGAGUAUCUGUUGCAGCUGAUGAGAGUUGCAGAAGCUUAGUUGAUGUUUACAAAAUAGUUGAAGGGAAUCUUGUAGAUGUCAUUAACAUUAAGCUGGCCAAAGUUGGGGUUAUGGGUGCCCUGGAUAUUAUUGAAAAGGCAAAAGCAGCAGGAUUAGAUUUGAUGAUUGGUGGUAUGGUUGAGACAAGACUGGCCAUGGGUUUUGCUGGCCAACUUGCUGCUGGCCUUGGGUGUUUUAAAUUCAUUGACUUAGACACACCACUUCUGCUGUCAGAAGAUCCGGUUCUUGAAGGCUAUCAGGUUUCAGGUGCCACUUACAAGUUCAGAAACGCAAGGGGACAUGGUGGAUUCCUUCACUGGGACAAUCUUGCAUAACGUUGGAAAUGUUUAUAUGCCAACACACAAAUCAGGAAAAGCAUAAAGAGACAAGUUGGUCACAAGGUUAGAGAACAGCCUAACAAAUAAAUAAUAAUCGCAGAAGGGCUUAUACAUGAAGAUUUCCGAUCCAGAAUGAGUAGCUACUGCUAGCUAGUACCAAAUUACCAAUCCACAAUUGCUAUGUGUUUCAGUUCAUCGAUUCCUCACCAUAUUCUGUAAAGGAAAAUGCCCAAGAGGUAUUGCAUCAAAUAGUAAUUAGUUGCUACUUCCCAAAAGAUAGUAGUUUGAACUGAUUCCAAGGAUUCAAUAAUCUAUUAUUUACAUUUGCAAAUAAGAACCAUAGUUUAUUCUAGAAUUUCCAUAAUAGUAAAAUAACACUAUUUACAUACGGU